AUGAAUUGGACUCGCCGGAAACUUUUGGCGAUCUUGGUGAUCUUCGCCUUGCUAGUGGAGCCGAUCAACAGUCGACGAGGCGGUGGAGGUGGAUUUGGACGAGGUUCAAGUGCUGGCCGAUCUUCUGGUAUGGUUUUUAAUGUUUUUGUUUGCAUUUUAGGCCUAACAGAAGUUGGAUUGAGAAAUAAUUAGUUUUAGGUGUUGAGGAUAAUAUAAAAUUGAUGAAACUUGAAAAUGUAUUAGAGUUUUACAGGGAAAUUGUUUUAAAAAACAAAAGUAGAUUGUUCAUGAGGUUGUGUCUAAACAACUUUAAUUAUUUAGUUUCUUUUUGAUAUGAAUGAUUUUUACAUCUUAUGUCAAGUAUAAUAUUCAAAAAUACUUCUUUUUUACUUUUAUUGUUGAGGAUGUUUAGUUGUAGCAAGAUACUGGUUUAUAAUUUACUUUUUGGGGAGGUAUAGCUUUUAUUCUAGCAGUUUUAACUUUGAACUAGCGAUUUUACCAUUAAAGGUUAUGGAUAAUAUCUAUUUUUUUAUCGAACUUUACAAAAGACAAAUGUAUACCUCAAAAACUGAUAAAACGUAGCUAAUCAUCUACUCUUACAGGAGGAUUUGGCAGAAGUCGAGGAGGAGGAGGUGGAGGCAUCUUUGGAGGCUCCAGGAACACUGGCUCCAACUCUCGACCUAGUGGAACAUAUAGCUCUGGUUCAUCACGUUCUGGUGGUGGUGGCUUGUUCAGUGGGUCUUCAGGCAACUCACAGUCCAGAAACAAAGGUGGAGGUAUUUUUGGUGGAUUCGGAAGCAACAAACAGAAUUAUCGUCAGCCACAGACUUCGUCGUAAGUUGGCUUUGAUAAUAUAGCUUUUUUAAGGAUUUUAUCCGAAUCUCAUUAUAUUUUAGAUAACAUUAAGUUAAAAUAUUGUGUAAAUAUGUUUUUACCUUCAUCCUAAACAACCUUAUAAAAAGUUGCCUUGUUUUAGGUGGAGACCAUCAGGAAUUGGCUCAAGGAGCAGGUCCAGUACCUUCAAGAAUAUGAUUGUUGGCGCAGCCGCUGGUUAUUUGACAUAUCAAGCCGGAAAACAUUUGAUUCGAUCUGCAAUGGCACCUAUGAUGUGAGUUUUAUCAUAUUUGUUAAAAUUUUAGGUUUUUGGCGUUGGCAGUCUGCGCUUGGGUUGUGCAGGCUGCAGAAUGAGCUUUUUUAAAAUGGUUGUAAAACUGGUUUAAGGGGUAAAACUUGGGUUGGUAAGAUUAUAAAAUGACAGAAACUUAAUUUUUUAAAAUUAAAAAAUAAUUUUAAAAAAAUUUUAGGUGGAACAACCGCCCAUAUUAUUGGGGCCAAAGCUACUACCAGCCCAGGCCGCAACAACAAAUGUGCCGAAUGCCAUUGGACCCGGGAGACCCACAAUUUGGCAAUAUCUACUUCCAAGACCAAACUCGGCCGAAGGAAAUUGUUUGGAGCUGUGGGUAUAACGAGCAAUGUUGUGGCUACGAGUGCUGUCCUGGCGGUGGCUACGGUGGCGGUGGUUACGGUAGUGGAGGCUAUGGUGGUGGAGGCUACUAUGGUCGAAAUGGUUACUCUGGAAUUGGAAUUGGGUAUGCAUUUUGGAUGAUUUUGGUCGUUAGAUGGGUGUUUUAGGCGACGAGAUGAGGAUUUUUUGAGUUUUGUUAGGUUGUUCAAAUAAUUAUGAGCUACUGUUAAAAAUCUUUUUGGGGUUAGUUGGCGCAGACUUUUUUGAACGGCUUACUAGGUUACAAAAAGCAUUUUUUUGAAAUUUUGGGUAACAAAGAGGGGAUUUUUAAUAUUUUAGGCAACAAAAUUGGGUCUUUUAAAUUUUGUCAAGUUUUUUGAUUUUUAUAUUGUUCACUAGCUUUACAUGGUCAUUUUGUUGCUUUGUAUAUAUCAAUGUAUUAAUUUCUUUAUCUGGACGGCAUCAAUAUUAACAUAAGCUUUAUACUAACAUAUUACUGUAGAGUCAUCGUUGCUGGAGUGGAGUAGGAGUAGUAUAAAACACAUGGUGCCAUAUAUAGACGAUAUUUUUGUGUUUGAACCUUAAAUUUAAGAAAAUUUUUGGAAAUUUUUAAAAAUUUUUUGAAAAUUUGAAUUUUGAUAAUUUUUUUUACAAAACUAACAAAUUCACAAGUUGCAGUUGUUAACAGUAGUCAAAAUUUAACAAUAAAUGACAUUUUCGUAUUUUAAGACGCCAAAAUCAGCCCCCAUAUAUGCAUCAGGAUUAUAUUGGCCACAACAAUAUUAAUCAUGACAUUCAAACUACUCCUAUCCCAACCGAAAGCAGCGAUGACUGGUAACUCAGUAAUCUUACUCAAAAACUGGUCUAUGGGGUCUAAAUUUAAAAUUUGGUCUUAAAAAAUUUGAAAAAGUCGUCUUGAGGCAAAAAAUUAUUUUUAAAAAUUAAAAAAUUUUGGAAAAAUUUUAAGAACUUAUUGAAAAUGCUACUUGUAACAUAUGUUUUUAUGUUUAUACUAGUCGCACAACGAAACCCGGUCUAAUAAUUUACAAAGCUUUGACACGCUUAUACUCUCUAAUCUUACUCCUACUCUUACCCCCCGCCUUAACACCCUUUGCCCUUGGUUUGCCCAUACUCCAUCUCUUCUUAUCCCUAUUCUAACCCUACCUUUGUCCAUACUCCCUUCCCGUGCUAAGCUCUUUUUUUGCUUUUGUAAAUCUUGCCACGUUUUUGCCUACUCCUAGUCAAGCAUUUUUUUCUUAAAUUUGCAUUUAAAGUUGUAAACUAAUAUAAACUUCUAUUCGAAUAUUUGUGCAAUAAACAAUAUUUUUUUUGAAAUGACGGAUUUUUAAAAAUUUGAAAUUUUAUAAUUGGAAGUUUUAUGUUUUUUUGUUCAAAAAGUUUCGUUGCAUAUAUGUUCGAAUGGAAGUUUUAGUUUAGUUUUGGCUUUAUAUUGGCGGAUUGGGCCUAAUUUGUAAAUUUAAGCGUCAAGAUUUUAAAAAAUUGAAUAGUUUUUUGAUGUUGUUAGUUGAAAAUGGUCUGUUAUCGGCUUGUUACCUAAAAAAUGUAAAGAUAGGCUAAAGGGCAUCAGAGAUUUAAAAAAAUUAUUUUAAAAAAUAUUACUUACUCUGUGGCAAUUGACAUGACGACGUAAAAAUUUCAGAACCUUGUUGGUUUUACUGAUUGUUGGCUCAUUGGGAGCGUUUACGAUCUUCAAAGUGUGCCAAAAUGUAAAAAAUAACAAAUAUCAGCGUGGUAGACCAACUGAUGCUCCGCCAGUUUACAACAACUACUAG